UUCAAUAAUCUAUAUUUACAGUGCAGAAAUCGUGCUUAAACAGACUGUUUCAAAAACCUGAAUGGGGCAAUCGGAGAGCGGUCACGAGUACGAGGUAGGCAGGGGCAGCACCAAUCGACCCACACCUCCACUCAAAGAACCGGUGACACGAGAGACGUUCCCGACCUACACACGGGCCAUCGUCCGCCAGAUCCCCAGCUCUAUACGGCACCGGUCGGAGGCCAUUCAGCAGUAUGAGGUGGACUGCUGUUCGUGGUUUUUGGGCGGAGAGGAGUUUUACUACAGCGACCAUGACAGGGAAGACCCGAUCAACCUCCGCAGAGCGCGGCGGCAGCACGCCCGGUACGUGCGGACCCUGCGGGACCUGGGACUGGACGUGACCGUUCUACCGGCGGACGAGUCCACUCCGGACUGUCCGUUUGUGGAGGACACCUGUGUGGUGGUCGGUAACAGGGCGCUGGUCACCAGGCCGGAGGGAAUGGCCCGAAGAAAAGAGGCCUUCGAUAGUUGCUAUUUCUUGUAUGAUGGUUAUUGUGCCUUUACAUUCCUGACUAUUACUUGUUUUCAGCUCAACAGCAUUGAAACUUGCCUGAGAAGCCUGGGUCUGGAGGUUCACAGGAUACGCAACAUGGGCGCUACACUUGAGGGUGGCGACGUGGUCUUCACAGGCACAGAAUUUUUCGUGGGAGACUCGACCCAGUCCAACUGGCUUGGUCACCGUAUCCUGGCCGCCACGUUCCCAGAGUACCCAGUGCACGCCAUCCCGCUGUACCCACCUGAGUUCCACCUGAAGGGCGUGGCCUGCUGCGCCGCACCUGGCGUCAUCGCCCUGGCACAGAACAGCGCCGGGCGGUUAGCUUGGGACGUCAUCCGUAGGAAAGGUGUAUCGUCCUACCAGCCUCUGUGGUUACCGGACUGCCACGCUGUGGACUGUAUAUACGUGAACGGGACACUCUUACACUGCGCACAAACGGAGGGGCACUGGAACUGUGAGGUAACAACAUCACAGUUUUAUUUAUUCGUGUGCCUUUACUUUUUUAUUACAACAUACGUCAUGUAACACCACUUAAUGUAUUUACGUGAACGGGACACUCUUACACUGCGCACAAACGGAGGGGCACUGGAACUGUGAGGUGUUUGCGGAUAAGCUCCCAGACUGUGCACGUGUGGAGGUUCCUCUGUACGAGCUGGGGAAAGUGCAGGCGGCGCUGUCCUGCUGUUCUGUCCUCUUCUGAGUACAGAGUUGUUGAAUGAAUAAAUGAAUGAAUGAAUGGUUUUAUUGGCGCCAAAACAAGUGCGCACAUACACAUACGCAUGUUCACACCUUUCUAAGGUACUUAAGAGUACAUAACAGUUUUCUUUUACACAAUCAGUUUU